CUCAUUACAACUUUUGAUUUACCCCAAGGCACUAGUUUCUAAUACAAUGUGGACGAAAAUUGUUCCCGUUAUUUUAGUUUUAUCUCCAAUUAUAAGAUGUGAAUUAACCGCUCCAGGGAUCGAUAGGACUGUCAGCGAUGGUGUUAAAAGUGUUGGAUUUAAUAUUGUAUAUGGCGAUGAAGAUAUGCAAAUAAUUAAUGAAGUCGUCAGUAAUGAGGAGAAGAUAGAUGCUUUGAAAAGCAAAAUAAACUUAAACGAAGCCCUACCUCCGCUUCCCUAUGAAGACGUGAAAUGCUUGAUGUCUGUUGACCGAUAUUGUUCCAAGUCUAUGCGUGCUAUAAAAAGCGUUUUAAUAGAAGCAUUAAAAGACGACUGCGCUAAAUGUUCAGCUGAUGAAAAAGAAAGCGCGGGAAAAGUUGUCGCGUCCAUGAUGGCGCAUGAUCCUGUUGCGUGGAAGUUGUUUCUCACCAGAUCAGCAUUAAUUAUUUUACCAAAAAAGGAGCCGCCUAAAGAAGAAAAACAUAAAUACAAAAUUAUAGGAUCACCAGAAUACAUAGAAAAUAAGAGAAAUCGAUAUGCAAUGCCUGGUGUGAAAGUAAGAGUGAAAAGAUAUGCUGUUGAGAAAAUAAAUUAAAACUGACUCACCUUAAGGACUUGCCAGUCACAAGAUGAAGAUUUAAGUUGCUAUAUAAUUAUUAUACGCCACUAUCUACUUAUAUGUAACUCAAAAAGAUAAUUAUGUGACUUUUUAUAGAAUUCAUAAUGCUUUGUUGUUCAUGCUGUAAAUUUCGAAAUUUAACUGAUUUAAAACGCGAUGUUUUCAUUAUGUUACUCAUCCGAAGUUUUGAACACGACACCGAGUUACUCCACGGGCAAACUGAGAAGUUCCAUAUAGGAUAUACAUAAUUACGAUGAUACGAAAAUGUGUGAACUACCUCCACUUUUUUCACCGCAAUUGGUAUGUCAAGUAUUUUUCUAGAUGGUAGCAGUAUUGGCUGAUCUUUUCGUAUGAUUAACAUGGAGUUUAAAUUUCUAAUAAUAAUAGAAUACCAGGUGUUAAAGAGUUCCAUUAUUCUAGAUUGAAAUAAGGAUGUUUUCCAAUUUCAUUAGCCUCGCGUACACGACUGAGCUUGCUGUUGUGCUCAAAAUUCCGCGCUGCGUUAAAUAUUUUAAGAAUUAAAUAACGUUUGAAGCCAAUUACCGUCUAAACCUUAUAAUAUUCGUGUGAAAUCGAACUGCAAAUGUUUUAGGACUAGUUCGCAUUAAAAUGAAUCUUACUUUUAAUUUACUAUAGAUCUUAAGGUACUGUACAUAUUUAAUUAUAAUACAGAAACACAAUGUUUUUAACAAUUAUUUUAAAUUUCUUCUUAAAAAGGCCUUACGGGUAGAACAACUUUAAUGUAGUACGAAUGAUACGUAUGGGAUGAGAUAAGAGUUUUUGAACAAUAAAUUCUUUGAUAUGAA